AUGAAGAGCAGCAUCCCCGCCGACACCUGGGAGGCCAAGCGCGUUCUGAUUACCAAGUUGUACAAAGAGGAAGAAUGGCCUCUUAAGCAGGUCAUCAAAGUAAUCCAGACUCCAGACUUUCACCCCAGUGAAACACAACUCCGGGCCCGCCUGAAGAAAUGGCAAGUUACGAAGCCUUCUCGCAAG